AUGUUUGGGAGUGCAGAAACUUGCUCCUGGCUCCUCCUGGCACUGUUCUGCUCACGUGGUUUUCAUGUCCACAGGUAUGUGGUCCUGACCACAAAGCACCACGAAGGCUUCACAAACUGGCCGAGCUCGGUGUCUUGGAACUGGAACUCGCAGGACGUGGGACCCCAUCGUGACUUGGUCGGGGAGCUAGGAACUGCUCUCCGGAAGAGGAACAUCCGCUAUGGACUUUAUCAUUCACUCUUAGAAUGGUUUCAUCCACUCUACCUAUUUGAUAAGAGUAACGGCUUCAAGACACAGUAUUUUGUGAGUUCAAAAACCAUGCCAGAGCUAUAUGAUCUCGUUACUAGGUACAAGCCUGACCUGAUUUGGUCUGAUGGAGAGUGGGAAUGUCCUGAUGCUUACUGGAACUCCACAAAUUUCCUGGCGUGGCUCUACAAUGAUAGCCCCGUCAAGGACCAGGUGGUCGUCAAUGACCGGUGGGGCCAAAACUGCCCCUGUCACCAUGGAGGCUUCUUCAACUGCCAUGAUAAGUACAUGCCGGAGACCUUGCCCGAUUACAAGUGGGAGAUGUGCACCUCCAUCGACAAGUCUUCCUGGGGCUAUCGGCGCAACAUGGUGAUGGCAGGCAUCGCGAGUGAACAGGAAAUCCUUAUGGAACUGGUGCAGGCAGUAAGCUUGGGAGGCAAUUACCUUCUCAACAUCGGGCCCACUAAAGAUGGAAUCAUUGUUCCCAUCUUCCAAGAGAGGCUUCUUGCUGUUGGGAAGUGGCUGAGCAUCAACGGUGAGGCGAUCUAUGCCUCUAAGCCAUGGAGAGUACAGUCUGAUAAGAACUCCACCUCUGUCUGGUAUACCUCAAAGGGAUCAGACGUUUAUGCCAUUUUUCUGCAGUGGCCAGAUGAUGGAGUCUUAAACCUUGCAUCCCCUAAAGCUACCUCAACUACAGAGGUAGUGAUGCUGGGCGUCAAAGGCGCUCUGAAAUGGUCCAAGGAUCCAGUUCAAGGUCUCUUCAUUUCUUUGCUCCAGUUACCACUCUCUGCCCUGCCCUUCACGUAUGCUUGGACUCUCAAGCUCACAGGAGUGGAGUAAUGGUUUGCGUUCCAGUGCCUGCUGAUUCCUGCUGAGACUUUAGAUGAAGAGUAAGCCAAAGCACACUGUUGCCUGGAGGAGGAGGAGGAGGAGGAGGAGGAGGAGGUGGACUAGGUUUGACAAGCUCAAGAGUGUACUCUUUCUGUAGCAUCAGUUGUCACCAACUCUACCCCAUCCCUCUCCGCACACUGGGGAGCCUGGAGAGAAGGGAAAAGCUUAAGGAUGCUGCUGGCCAGUUCCAGAGCAAAGCAAGAACCUGGAGUCGGCCUGUCGCCAGUGAUACUAUUAAGAAAAUGAAUGUGAUGCUACCUGUGCCUUCAAGUGUAGUCAAAUAAGUAAAAUUUAUGUAUCGCAUCUUUCUAUCAAAAGCUUGUUGUAACUUUUCCCAGUCUUAGUUUGGAUACUUUAUUGCUUUGUGAGUAGCUGCUGUUUUUAAGUUGGUUGGUCUUUUUUGUUUUGUUUUAUAAACCUGCCAAUUCUCCUCAA